AUGUGUUAUAAUAGAAUUUAUCAUGAAUGGACAAUGACUGAUGAAGUAAUUGAGAAUACACUUGAUAAAGAUGUUGAACCAUCUCAUCCUGAAAUCUCUCGUCGAGAAACAACAGUUUCUAAUACUACUUGGAAAGAAAAUUCACCAACUAUUGAAAAUUUGGUUCGCGUAGGAUUCUUUAAUGUUAGCAUUGAUAAUUCAGUGACAUGUUUUUAUUGUAAUGGUUCAUUACAUGAAUGA